UCUCUCUCUCUCUCGCUUGCUCUGUUCCUGCUGCUUCGACAAGCUCUAGUUUCAUCAAUGGCGUCGACGGAGAUUCAGAAACCUAAGGAAACAGAAGUCUCCGAACCACUUACUAUAAAAAACCUAGACACAGUUAUUCACCAGGCAUCGCUUACAGAACGUCUCGAUCCAUCUACCGAUCCAUCUAGUCGACCUUCUGAUCUUGCAACGGAUGCACCGAAGAAGGAAGGAGAAGAACCAAAGGAAAGUUUCGCUGUGAUAACCGAAGCUAUGAUUUGUCCUACUGAUGCUGCCGCCGCAACUGUGUCCCAUCUUCAGAAAAAGAUCCGUCGUGCAGAGCGUUUUGGGGUGUCCGUUCAACUCUCGGAAGAAGAAAAGCGGAACUCUCGAGCGGAAAGGUUUGGCACUGCACCUGCCUCACAUGGAUCAAAUGUCUCACAGAAAUCUGAGGAACAGAAGAGGAAAGCUAGGGCGGAGAGGUUUGGGCUUCCGUCACAGUCGCUGACCAAUGAGGAGGCAAAGAAGAAGGCUCGUUUAGCCAGAUUUGCAACAGUUUCCAAGAUGGAUAAUGCAGAUGAAGAGAAAAAGGCGGCAAGAGAAAUCAGGUUUUCAGAACCUUCAUCUGGUGUUUCAUCACAGGUCAGUGGGAGGGCCAAUUCUGUGCAGACGGCUAUUGUGGGUAAGGUCCAUGGCGGGACUUGAGGAUGGGGGCUUUAUUUUAGAGCUCUCCCAUUUGGCAGAUAUGAUCUUCUGGCAUUUUGUACUUCCCCUGAUGGCUUUUUAAGCCAAUGUUUACUUUUGCAUAUAUGGACUUGCAAAUGACUAAGGUUGCAGCUCUGCUAGUUCUCAUACAAUCAUAUACCUCUUCUACAAGGAUGGAGAAAAAUGUUGGCGACAGGGAGAUGCUUUCUUUACGGUGAUGCAAUCUGGAUGUAUUUAUGAUGUGGGAGC